CUCUCUCUCUCUCUCUCUCUCUCUCUCUUCGAUACUCUCUCUACAACACAGAAAACCUUACUUGUCAGAGACACCGGAAAUGACUGUCGAUGAGUGGCCGGAGUGGCUUCCAGCUGACUGGAUGAUACAAAUCAGAAAGAUCGAUGACCGGAAAGUCAAGUGUUACAUUGAUCCUGCAGGACGCAAAUUCUAUUCGAAGCCCCAAGUGGAUCGGCAUUUUAGGACCCUCGAAAACAGGGCGGACAACGAGAAGACUAACAAUGUCGAUGGCCAAACUUUAGACUUAUCUCUAGAGCCAGAUGAAGAUGUUCCCCAUACAAAUGAAGAACCUGAACCUGAACCUGAAUCAACACCCAAAGGACAGUCUACUAGACAGAGGAGACCUGGAAGUAGCAGCAAGAAUUACAAGGAUACUGAAGAGCUUUUCCCUCGAUAUGGAUCUUCCUCUGUGUCUGAUUCACGUGGAAGAAAACAUGGAGAUACUGAUUGGCUACCUGAUGGAUGGGCUGUGGAAGUGAAGAGUAAAAAGUCUGGACAAAAAUAUAAGAUUUACCUUGAUCCCAAGGGAAAAAAAUUCUUUUCAAAGCCUCAGGUUUUGAGUUAUCUUAGCGGUACACUCAGCAGUCCAGCUGGACAGAAAAAAGGAUAUAAAACCCUUACUCAACCUGAGAAGUCCCAGAUUUCUGAAGCCAAGAACAAUGAAACCAGAGAGAUUACAGAAAGCGCCCGAAUGGCCCCUGAUUAUGAAGUUAUCUCAAGUACUCCAGCAGAUGGGUUACCCCCAGGAUGGAUAAAAGAAAUCAGAGUGAGAAAUGGAUCAUCUGGGAAGAAAAGAGAUCCGUACUACCUAGACCCUUUGAGUGGCUAUGUAUUUUUCUCAAAAUUGGAUGCUUUGAGGUAUCUGGAUACUGGAGAUGUAAAGAAAUGUGCCAUUAAACCACUAAGAAGGGAUAUGAAUCAUGAACUCAAUCAAGCUGCUGAUGAUGAGCCUGAAGCAGAAUUGGCUUCACCAACUGAACCAACCAAAGAAACCGAAACUCCUAAAGAGUUAGAAAAUGGUGGUGUUACAGAGUCAAAACCAGAAGGAACUGGUACAGAAAAGAGAAAAGUUCGGUCUAUAACUGGAGAUGGAUAUGUUCCCAUGCCUAAAUCUGUAACUGGAGAUGGACAUCUUCCCAUGCCUAAACCAGCCCAAAAAGGUGAAGCAUGGCUACCUGAAGGAUGGGUUGUUGAAAUGAAGUCCCGUAAUGAUAAGAAAAUUAAGUGUUACAAGGAAAUUGCAACUGGGAAAAACUUCUAUUCAAGACCACAAGUGAUGACCUAUCUUGGUAAUACCAGUGGCAUUAGCCCCAACAUCAACACCAACAGCAACUCCCAAAAGAGAAAAAAGGUACGAAAAUCCUACGUGGAGCGUGACUCAUCACCGGAUUCAGGGUCUGAGGAAUUUACACGCCCGAAAAGAUCCAAAAAAGAUGUAUCCGAUUACAAAGAAACUAUCGUAACGACUCCGGCGGAAGGGUUACCGCCAGGGUGGAUAAAAGAAAUCAGAUCUCGGCUAUGCGGGACCACCAUAAGAAAAGAUCCGUAUUACACGGAUCCUGUGAGUGGCUACAUCUUUCGUUCAAAAUUGGAUGCUUUGCGGUAUUUGGACACCGGGGAUAUAAAUUUAUGUGCUAUUAGACCAAGGAAAAAGGAUGCUGAUGGAAAUGAAGUUGCCAUCCCUGAUACUACACCAAAACCACCCAAACUUCAGAAACAACUCUCUGAAGGGGGAUCUGAUAUGGAAGGUAUUGACAUGGACAAAGAAGCUGACAACUCGGAGACUGAUCGCAAGAAUACCGAAAAUACCCCUGGGUCUACUCCCAUAAGGAGAGGCACACGUGAGAGGGCUUCAAAGAGCAAGCCCUCUGCUGCUGCCCCUUUGCCUGCUCGAUCUUCAACACGGCUAAAAGGGGUGAAGCCACAUACUAAAACCGACACGUCAUUGGAUGGAAACGAUAACGGGGCAGGGGUAGAUGUGGAAAAACAAGUGAAGACACUUGUGGGUGAAUUUCCACCCGAUGAAAAUGGCGGUGUGGGGAAUGGAAGUGCUGCAAAGGUCAACUGA